AGGUACUUCUGGGAAUAUAGUGAGCAAUUAAUGCCUUCUCAACAGGAAGGGAUGCUGAGACCGUCUGAAUGGAACAGGGACACGCUUCCCAGUAAUAUGUACCAGAAGAAUGGCCUGCAUCACGGCAAGUACACUGUGAAGAAGUCUCGCAGGACAGAUGUGGAAGACCUGACUCCAAAUCCAAGAAAACUUCUGCAGAUUGGUGGCGAGCUACGUAAACUGAAUAAAGUAAUCAGUGACCUAACACCGGUAUCGGAGCUUCCCGUAACUGCCAGGCCUCGAUCCCGCAAAGAGAAAAACAAGCUGGCUUCCAGAGCUUGCCGGCUAAAAAAGAAAGCCCAGUAUGAAGCCAAUAAAGUGAAGCUGUGGGGCCUGAAUACUGAAUAUGAUAAUUUGCUGUUUGUGAUCAAUUCAAUAAAACAAGAGAUAAUGACACGAAUACAAAUCCCAUGGGAGGAAUGGUCAUCAAGCAUGGAGCAG